UUGACAAUUCUUUGUUGUCAAUAUGUAGUAUAUAUAUGAUUGUUUAUUGACCAUUCAUUGGUCAUCUCCUUUUCCUUCUACUUGUCCCUCUAUUAUUCCUUCUUGUCCCAAUAGCCCCAAUAUAUAUACACAUGCAUCAAAAUGUUCACCACAUUGAAAACCCCAGAUAUGGAAUGGCUUCAUUCAGUUAGUAUACCAGUUGUUGUUUGCCUCUUCAUUAUUCUUGGGUUUAUGCCUUUUGGGUCUAUUGCCAUUCGCCCAGUUCUUGACAGUGAUAGGUUGUUCGGAUUUACAGAGGCACCGGAUUAUAGAAAUGGCAUCGCUUGUCCGCCGAUGGAACUAGCUGAAACAAUGUCGUCGUACUGUGACCCGUCGUUGGUUCACAUAGCGAUGACACUAGACUCGGAGUAUCUCCGAGGAUCCAUGGCGGCAGUACACUCCGUCCUCCGCCACGCGUCGUGUCCAGAACACGUCUUCUUCCAUUUUAUCGCCGGAGAAUUCGACCCGGAAGUUAACCCACGGGUCCUGACCCAACUCGUGAGAUCUAUUUUUCCUUCUCUCAAUUUUAAACUGUACGUUUUCAGGGAAGAUACCGUCAUAAAUCUCAUCUCAUCUUCGAUCCGACAAGCACUCGAAAACCCUUUAAACUACGCCCGGAAUUACCUGGGUGAUAUACUCGACCCGUGUGUGAACCGGGUCAUAUAUCUGGACUCCGACGUCAUCCUUGUUGAUUCUGUUCACAAGCUAUGGAAUGUUCAGCUUGGCGGUUCACGGGUAAUCGGAGCACCCGAAUACUGCCAUGCAAAUUUCACCAAAUACUUCACGGAUGCAUUCUGGUCCGACCUCGUUUUGUCUUCCCGGGUAUUCGGGUCAAGAAACCCGUGUUACUUCAAUACAGGUGUAAUGGUGAUGGAUUUGGAUAAAUGGAGAGAAGGUAAAUACAGAUUGAAGAUAGAAAGUUGGAUGAAAUUACAGAGAAAGAGAAGGAUUUAUGAGUUAGGGUCAUUGCCACCAUUUUUGUUAGUUUUUGGUGGAGAGGUUGAACCUAUUGAUCAUAAAUGGAACCAACAUGGUCUGGGUGGGGAUAAUGUUAAAGGGUCGUGUAGAUCAUUGCAUCCUGGUCCAGUGAGCUUGUUGCAUUGGAGUGGAAAGGGGAAGCCAUGGGUUAGGCUUGAUGAGAAGAAACCAUGUCCAUUGGAUUAUCUUUGGCAACCUUAUGAUUUAUACAAGCCAAUCAGAACCAAGUGAAAAAUUACUUUUGGCCUAUGUUACUCGAAAAUGUCAAUGAUGUGUUUUUUUAGGAUUGAUCAUUCCUUUUCUGUUAAUGAGGGAUUCUUUCGGUCUUGUACAGAUUGAUUAGUUGGAAAGAGUAGUUUUACAUGUUUUAAUUUUUUUAUUAAAAUUGUUGGUGGUUCCAUGGAUGGAACAAUUUUUGGGAUUCAUUUGGAUUUGAGAAAAGGAUAACAGCUUUGUUGUUCUUUCUUUUGGGAUCGGUUGAUAGCAUGUAUAUAAAUAAUGUUAAAUACAAUA